GCCGCCGACGCGGACCCCGCGGAGCGGCCAGCCCCGGGCAUGUACCGAGACUUCGGGGAGCCGGGACCGAGCUCCGGGGCCGGCGGCGCCUACGGCGGCCCCGCGCAGCCCCCGGCCGCGGCGCAGGCGCAGGCGGCGGCCGAGCAGCAGAAGUUCCACCUUGUGCCAAGCAUCAAUGCUCUGAGUGGCAGCCAAGAGUUGCAGUGGAUGGUGCAACCCCACUUUCUAGGGCCAAGCGGCUACCCCAGACCUCUGACCUACCCUCAGUACAGCCCUCCACUGCCCCGGCCAGGAGUCAUCCGGGCCCUGGGACCACCUCCGGGGGCACGCCACCCACCCUGCGAACAGAUCAGCCCCGAGGAGGAGGAGCGCCGCCGAGUGCGGCGGGAACGGAACAAGCUGGCCGCGGCCAAGUGCAGAAACCGGAGGAAGGAACUGACCGACUUCCUACAGGCGGAGACCGACAAACUAGAGGAUGAGAAAUCCGGGCUGCAGCGAGAGAUCGAGGAGCUGCAGAAGCAGAAGGAACGCCUGGAGCUGGUGCUGGAGGCCCACCGCCCCAUCUGCAAAAUCCCCGAGGGCGACAAGGAGAGCGGCCCGGGCAGCCCACCGGCACCCUGCCGCCCCGUGCCGUGCAUCUCCCUUUCCCCAGGCCCAGUGCUGGAACCUGAGGCUCUGCACACCCCCACCCUCAUGACCACACCCUCUCUGACUCCUUUCACCCCUAGUCUGGUGUUCACCUAUCCUAGCACACCAGAACCAUGUGCCUCAGCUCACCGAAAGAGUAGCAGCAGCAGUGGGGAUCCCUCCUCUGACCCACUGGGCUCCCCUACCCUCCUUGCCUUGUGAGACACCCUGCGCAUGCCCUGCAGGUGCUCCUCGAGCUAAGGCAUUUCCUUUCCCCCAUUGGUCCAGCUGGUCUGGACUCAUUCCAUACUCAUUGCCAACUGGGCUUCCAUUCUUCCCCCAGAUGAGACAUCUUCAAGGUAGUGCCAGCUGAGGGCAACCAAAACUACCCACUGUUUCUUUGGGACGCUUAAUCAGAGAUAAUGCUAUUAAUCAGAGAUGAAAAAAAUAUUUCCUGCCAGUGGCUCACACCUGUAAUCCUAGCUACA